AUGUACCGCGGCAAAACCACGCAGCACAAGGAGGACACCGCUGCGGUGGUCGACGGCGAGCACCGCCACCACCCCGUCAAGUCCUCCUCGUCCUCGUCGCUGGCCUCGCUCGCCAGCGACGCCUCGCGGCGCCUCUCCUCGGCCGGCCACGCCGGCAAGGAGACGGUCAAGCGCGUCGUCGCGCGCACCCUGCUGUCCAUCGAAAAGGUGCCGUCGUGGUACGGCGAGAACCCGUACAUCCGGACGGGCUACCGCCCCGUCUUCGCCGCCGCCGCGCCCUGCUUCCGCAGCUGGACCUACCUGCACAACCAGAGCGGCAACAUCUACACGCACCUCGUCCCGGGCGUCGUCGUCGCCACGCUCGGCAACGCCGCGCUCGCAGCCUACCUCGCGCGCCACUACCCGGGCGCCACCGUGGCCGACCGCGCCGUCUUCCACGUCUACCUGACGGCCUGCGCCGCCUGCUUCGGCCUGUCCGCCGCGUACCACACCCUGCUCUGCCACUCGCGCGAGCUGGCCGACCUCUGGAUCCGCCUCGACUAUGUCGGCAUCUCCCUCCUCAUCAUGGCCUCGUUCGUCCCGGGCCUGUACAUGGGCUUCUACUGCGAGCCGUGGCUGCUGCGCGGCUAUCUCGGUGCUAUAUUCGUCAUGGGUGCUUUCAAUUCCUAUCUUUCCUUGUACGGCAAGAACGAGUCCAAAGACUGGCUCAAGUCGCGGCUGCUACCAUUCCUCGCCCUCAGCUUGUCGGCCUUUAUUCCCAUCUUCCACGCCGUGCUUCUUUUCCCCUACGACCAGUUACAAAAGCAGUCUGGGCUCAACUACUAUUACCUCGAGGGCGUUUGCAUGCUGACUGGCGUUGCUUUUCUUGUCUCACGAUUUCCCGAGUGCUGGCUGCCCGGAAGAUUCGACAUUUGGGGCUGCUCCCAUCAAAUCUUUCACUGCUUUGUAGUUUUGGGCGCGCUCAGCCAUUUUGUUGGUAUUCUGUCCGGCUACGAUUACAACUAUACUCAUCCGCGAUGCGGACUUAGACACGCGGCGGCUGGCAUGUAG